GAAAGAUGAGGACACAUCUCAGAGAGUACAAGCUGACAGUCUGGAGACAGAGCCAUCUCAACAGAUGGAUGCUGCUGUAGCAGACCUCUCCUCCCCUGGAGAGAUAACAGUUCACUAUGUUGGCAGUGACUCUGUUUCUCUGAGCUGGCUUCCUUCUGACCCUGCACGGAGUUACGAGUUGACCUACUCCUGCGACACCCAGAGAGAGAUCCUGUCUAUCCAAGGUUCCAACAGCGCUAAUGUGGAAGGCCUGUUUCCAGGGACGGAGUACACUUUCAGCGUCACAUCGGUCACUGAAGAUAGGAAUCUGAGCGCAGUGAUCACAAUGUCCAUGUAUACAAAACCCGUGCCACCUGAUAAGGUAAAGAUUGACCAAGUCAGCAGGGAAUCAGUGUCUCUGAGUUGGGACAAACCGAUUGGUGUCGUUGAGGCAUGUCUCGUGACCUGUUCCUGUGAUGGAGAGGAAGUCCAGAAGAUAACAACAGAGUCCAACACCCUGACCUUCUCCAGUCUGAGUCCAGGUGUCAAGUAUUCCUUCCACGUUUCUACGGUGCUGAAGAACGGGACCCAAAGCAAGUCGGCUGUGAAAUAUGGCCGCACAAAAACCCACCUGGAGAGUUUGCUGCUGGACCUGGGGUUGGAGCAACACUACACAGAGAAGCUCACCCUGAGCACGGUGCUCCAGAUAGAUGAGAAGACAGUCACAGAUGAACCUGCUCAGACUCUCUCAGCCCUGCCAUGGACUUUCCUAAAGAGGUUAAUGAUGGUUAAUGUGACUGCUAGGAGUGUAAAAUGUACCUCAUCAGGAGGUGAGGCAAGUUGUGAUGCUUCAUUUUGCAACAUAGAUCUAGAUCUGGAGAGUCUGGUUGAUAGCCUGGACUCUAGUAAUGUUGUAAACCCCUUAGACAUUGUGACUGCUCUCUUUCUGUGUUCCAAUGGUUUUCUCCAGCAAGAGAUGGUUUUGAAAAUGUCAAUGUGUCAGUUUUCAGUGCCCCUGCUUCUCCACAAUUGUGACACAGAAGAGUGCACGCUAAUGCUCUGGGCCAUGAGAGACAUUGUCAAGAAGUUCAGACCGCAUUCGUUGGCAGAUUCCAGAGGAUUUGUUGAAGACAGGAUUGUUCUCUCUGACCUCCCCAUGGUCUCUUUUGUCAGAUUGGGCGAGUGUUCUUUGUCCAAGUCUCAGAUUCUAAACAAGCUACUGAGUAAUCCUCAACAGUAUCACGACACGUUUGUCCACCACGACAUGGAAUGUGGUGAUAGCCCAAGGAGAAUAUCCAAUGGAUUGGUUGAGAUAAGCUGGUACCUCCCAAGUGGGAAAAAAAACAUUGAUAUUUUUGGUGAAGCUAUUGCUGUAACCAAUCUUAGAGGGGACAUCAGUUCUUUUGAAACACAAUAUUCCUUUCUUUGCCAGACCUCUGCAGCAGUCUUUGUGUUCUUUGACAACCUGGACACCAAGUACAAGCUACUGACCAGCCAACACACCAAGGCUCAGCUGUUUCUAGUGGGUAACACACAGAGCAAGAGCUUCAGCAUUGAUGCUUUGAAGAAAGCAGCAGCAGAGUUGAACUUGAAGAAAAGCAGCAUCAUCCUGAAGACCAAACAGAUAAAUGAUGCAGACUUUGUGAAGAACCUGCGAAACACAGUUGGUGAGUUGAUUAAGAAUUCAAAGUCCAAAAUGCCAUUGGAGCAGAUGGCUGAAGUGGCACAUGAGCUUGGAAUCCUGGUUGAUGAGGACUGCAAAGAAUGUCAGAGUGCCAAGCAAAAUGCUGACGCAAUCACGUCAAAAAUUCAUCACACACCACAGUAUAAGGAAAGUCAGCUUCCCUUGCAAGGACAGAUUUGGAAGGAGCUGGCACGUCUAGAGAAGGAGGAAUGCAGACUGCGGAAAGCUGGGAACCAGAACCUAGAGAUGUACAAAAGUGAACUCCAAACAGAGAAGAGACAACUUAGGGAACAGCAAAGGAGGUAUGACAUGUCAGAGGCAAUGACCUGCUUCAUAAAUGCAAUAUCAAGCACAGGGCUAGAAAGGUCCUACUUCUUGAAAUGGAUGAGAAUGAACCUGGACAAUAUGGCUCGUAAAAACCUUUCUAGCCUUAGAGAACUGUACAAAGAAAAGUCUCAGAAUUCAUCUGAAAACAAAGAUGAAAUUGAAGACCUUGACAGACAGAUUUCAAACAGUUCUUUGGGAACUGAGCAUUUCUUACGUGAAAUGGGUCAACUGUAUGAAUCUGCAGUCUUACUGGAAGAAACUGAAGAGUCAAGGCAACAACUAAAGCACCUGCCCAGACUAUGUGCUGAGUUGCUUCUGGAUGGGUUUCCUCUGGAACUGGUGGAUGGAGACGCGUCUAACAUACCUAUGAGAUGGGUGAGUGAUGUGUUGCAUCAGCUCAAUAUCUUGGUGCAACCGAAGAGCAAGAUCCUGGUGGUAACCGUUCUAGGUGUUCAGAGCACGGGAAAGUCCACUCUAUUGAACACAAUGUUUGGAGUGCAGUUCGCAGUCAGUAGCGGCAGAUGCACAAGAGGGGCCUUCAUGCUGCUCAUUAAAGUCAAAGACGACUUCAAAAAAGAGCUGAACUGCGACUUCUUAGUGAUCAUCGACACAGAAGGGCUGAAGUCGCCGGAGCUGGCACAGCUUAAUGACAGCUACGAGCAUGACAAUGAGCUAGCCACACUUGUUGUUGGGCUGAGUGAUGUCACAAUAAUCAAUAUUGCCAUGGAGAACUCGACAGAGAUGAAGGACAUCCUGCAGAUCGUGGUCCACGCUUUUCUCCGGAUGAAAGAGGUGGGAAAGAAACCCAAGUGUCAGUUCGUCCACCAGAACGUGGCUGAUGUCUCGGCACAUGAUAAGAACAUGAGAGACCGGAAAUUGCUGCUAGAGCAAUUGAACGAGAUGACCCAGGCAGCAGCCAGAAUGGAAAACAAGGAGGAGAACAAGAGCUUCACUGAUGUGAUGGAGUACAACCCGGAAACUGGUAACUGGUACAUCCCUGGACUUUGGCACGGAAACCCCCCAAUGGCACCCGUCAACGCCGGUUACAGUGAGUCCGUAUACGAGUUCAAAAAGAACAUGAUCGAGGUCUUCCAGAACUGUGAAGUCUCUAGGAACAACAUCAUGGACUUUCUGGAGUGGACCAAAAGCCUGUGGAAUGCUGUGAAGUAUGAAAACUUCAUCUUCAGCUUCAGAAACAGUCUGGUGGCUGAUGCUUACAUGAAGUUGUGCAUUGAGUUCAGUAAGUGGGAAUGGUCAUUCAGAAAGCACAUGCACACAUGGAUGACAAAUGCUGAAAUAAGGAUUUCCAACUUCGGGACAAUAGCAAUGAAAUAUCAAACAGAAGACGUGAGGGAUUUUCUCCGUCAUUUGAAAAGUGAAGCCUCAAUAGAACUUGUCAAAUGGGAAAAGACACUUCUUGACAACCUGACCAAGUACUAUGAACAGGCAGAUGGACAUGUCUACUUGGUGGAGAGAUACAGAGAGGAUUUUGCAAACAGCACCAAAAGUCUUAAAAGGGAGAUAGAAAACUCUGUUCUAAGUAAACUGGAAGCUGGUGUUGAGAUUCAACAAGGAAUGAACAAGCUUGACACAAUCAAGAAGAACUACACAGUGGUGAUGGAGAAAAGGGUGCUGAAGUUGCUUGAGGACUGCAGAAAGAACAAAUAUCAGAGGUCAGAUCAGGAGCUUGACAGAGAAUUUGAAAAGGUGUGGGAGGAAACUGUGAAGGAGCUCUCUUUUACAGGAUUGAAGAAAGAAGACAUUGUGAGCCAUGUUCUCAACCUGCUCCGGUCUAACAUGAUGCAGAAGGCAGUGAAUGAAAAGUUGAACAAAGUGAAACUUGAAGAUCAUGGAACAAAACCCUUCAUAGUCUCUCCCAAGGGGUUCUUAAAGAAGUUAGUGAAGAGCAUUUACACGGAUGAGAACACAAGAAAAACCCAGGCCAUGGCAGACAACCUCAUAGCCAAAUGCCAAGAGUUUGUGGGAGAGACUGUUCAAAAGAAAACAAACUACCAUGACACAUACAUUCAAGAGAUCCUGCACAUGAUUGAAGAGAAGUUGGAAGCCAACAAAAAUCUUGGGACAAGCGAUACAUUUGAAGUCUCCAUUAAAUUGUACAUUUGUGGGUUUGCAUCCAGGGCUUUCCAAGCAAUGCAUGAACAGUUCAUAUGUGACAACAAUCCUCGUUGGUGCCUUGAACAGUUCAAAGGUAAAUACUUGGCAGACUUCAAAGACUUGUUCAGUGGACAAGAUCAGUGUCAGAAGAAAGCUGCGGAGUUCACCAGCCUGUGUCUCAGACCUGCAGUAGAAGCCUAUGUCACCAAUUCUCUAGGUCCAGAAAUUGUUGAUGAAAUGCUGAUGGGACAGAAUGCCCUUCAAUUCAGCUCUCGGACAUUUUUCCAGUACUCUAUCCUAAAGCAACUGCUGUCAGCAUUCAACUUUGACAACUAUGUGAGCUACAUUUGUCACUAUGAAGCCUUUGUCAAGAAUUGGAUUUUGGAUGAAAUCUUGAAACGCUUUUCACAAGGGAACAAAAUGUUUGAAUUGGAGAAGUAUCAACUCAAUGGGAUUAUCAAAGUAAUCAAUGAGGCAAUCUCAAAGGCACAGACUGAAGAGAACAGCGACAUAAAGGAAUUAAUUCAGGACAUAUGCAGGGAACUUGGAGAGAAGCUGGUCAUUCCCCAAGAUGCGUUGGAAGCCACUAUGAUCCUCAACAGUUCCAACCAGGAACAGUUUGCCCACUGGCUCGAAACAUCUGUGUUGGAGAUGGAACAGUCUCUGACAGAAGAAUUCCAAAAAGCAGGGGAUGUGAAAAAGAAAUUGGAAAGACAGAAAAUCAAGCCGCAAAACGAGCUGUUCACAAGAGUGUUUGGCUGCGGGAAGCAGUGUCCAUUCUGCGAGGCACCAUGUGAGGUAGGAGGGGAGGCCCACAAUGAGCACUGUGCCUCAAUACACAGACCACAGGGACUUGGUCAGUUCAGGUUUAACAACUCAAUGAAACUUUGCACUGACAUCUGCUCCUCUGCAGUGUUUAGUGAGGGUUCUUUCAAAUGCUACGAGACAAAUGCAGAAUUCCACCCUUUAAAAAAGUACAGAGACAUUUUUCCGAACUGGCAUAUCCCGGCAGAUCCCAGCAUACAGGCCUCAGACUACUGGAAAUAUGUGAUGGCAAAAUUCAACAAGGAAUUUGCCAUACAGUAUGGCGCACAUCCUGGAGAUAUCCCCACUGCCUGGAAACAGAUCACAAAGAAACAGGCAGAAAACAGCCUUAGAGAGUCUUUUAGCAUGAAUUGAGAGCCUCUUCAUCAUCUUGAAGAAGAAUAGCAUCUUGAAGAGUAAUGAUAUGUCAAGCCAUAGUCAAACUAAAUUGUCAAAUUUAAUACUAAACAAAGAAGAUAAAUUAAUAAUAACACAAGACACCUGCUUCAUCACUAAGCAGAAGAGUCUGGUGGCUGGAAUGAUAAACUGUCAUACACUUUGCCUCAGUAACUUUUCUGUCCAAGCAAUAAUAAUUUACUGUUUUUGCAUAUAAUCAAAGUUUAGCAACCAUUGAUACUUAAACUAUGAUGUGUUGAUUGUUUUUUUUAUUUACAGUUGAAGUCGGAA